AUGAACAAAGAGGAAAGUCUCUCGGACACGCGUCCAGGAUCUCAAGAGUUGCACAGUCCUGCACGUCAUUGCUACACACCGCCACACGGACAACCGACGCGUCCGCCGGUUCCGGUUCCGGGUCCGGCUCUGACUCCGGUCUCAGCUGCUCCGUCCCUGACCACGCCCAGCCGCCUGUUGGCUUGGAAUCACAGUGCAGCCGCCGCAGCCGCAGCAGCAGCAGCAGCCGCGUCAAUCGCCUCCAAUCAUCAGACAGCCAUCAGUCAGUCAGUCAAUCAGUCGUCCGGAUUGGGUUCGGGUUCGGGAUCGGGUUCGGGUUCGGAUCGUUUGUCGGAUCAAUCGUCGUUGCCACGGCUUAAGGGUCAGAAUCUCGGACUCAUCUGCGUCGUUUGUGGCGAUACCAGUUCCGGCAAACAUUACGGCAUACUUGCCUGCAACGGUUGCUCCGGAUUCUUCAAGCGCAGUGUGCGACGCAAGCUCAUUUAUCGCUGUCAGGCGGGAACUGGACGCUGUAUUGUGGACAAGGCUCAUCGGAAUCAAUGCCAGGCUUGCAGGCUCAAGAAGUGCCUUCAAAUGGGAAUGAACAAGGAUGCGGUGCAAAAUGAGCGACAACCACGCAACACGGCCACUAUACGGCCGGAGACACUGCGGGAGAUGGAACACGGACGGGCGUUGCGCGAAGCUGCCGUCGCCGUUGGCGUUUUUGGACCUCCUGUGCUACUCUCACCGCCCUGUUAUGGCUCGAGUCUGUUGCCACCACCCUCAUUGGGCAGCUUGCCAACGGGACGUCUGUUGCACCACAACCACCUCAGUUCAUCCAUGCAGUUGGCCACGAAUCACAUGAACCAUGCCAGCGGCUUUCCCAUAUUCAACAGCGCCGGACUACAUAAUUCGCCAAAGGAUAAGACGGCAUAUGGAGUCGCCAUGGAGUUGUCCAGCAGCGGCAAUGUAUCCCAUUCCACCAACUCGAGCAGCAAUCAUUCAAUCGAUCCCAGUUCACCGGCGCCGGAUGCCACAAAUGACAACAACAACGCCGGUGGCAGCGUCUCUUCCGUCAGUUCUUCCAGUCCCAUGCCAGAGAAUGAUAACGAUGAUGACUCCAUUGAUGUGACCAAUGAUGAAGAGCCGAACACGGGCAGCAGAUCCGAUUCCAGUUUCAUAAUGCCGCAGUUUAUGUCGCCCAAUCUGUAUGCCCAUCAGCAUGAGACGGUUUAUGAGACAAGUGCCAGGUUACUCUUUAUGGCCGUCAAAUGGGCCAAGAAUCUACCGAGCUUUGCCAGGCUAUCAUUUAGGGAUCAGGUCAUUCUUCUGGAAGAGUCCUGGUCAGAGUUGUUCCUGCUGAAUGCCAUACAAUGGUGCAUUCCCUUGGAUCCUACGGGUUGUGCUCUCUUCUCCGUGGCAGAGCAUUGUAACAACUUGGAAAAUAAUGCCAAUGCUGACAACUGUGUCACCAAAGAAGAGUUGGCUGCCGAUGUGCGUACACUGCACGAAAUCUUUUGCAAGUACAAGGCGGUACUCGUGGAUCCGGCUGAGUUCGCUUGUCUCAAAGCAAUUGUGCUCUUCCGACCCGAAACCCGUGGCCUUAAGGAUCCGGCACAAAUCGAGAACCUUCAGGAUCAGGCACAUGUUAUGCUGUCACAGCACACAAAGACACAGUUCACGGCUCAAAUCGCCAGAUUUGGAAGAUUGCUGCUCAUGUUGCCGCUGCUGCGCAUGAUCAACUCCCACAAAAUUGAGUCGAUCUUCUUUCAGCGCACCAUUGGGAAUACUCCGAUGGAGAAGGUGCUCUGCGACAUGUAUAAGAACUAGAGAAUUUAUCGCUUAAGUUUUUAUGUAAUUUAAAUGAAUAUAUAAAAACGUUUUUAUGUCUUGAAUGUUAAA